GUGAAAAGUGUUUGAAUGCGAGCUCUCUGUGUAAAGAAAGUUUGUGGCUUUCUCUCAAAAUUAUCUCUCAGAUCUUCAAUAUCUUGUCGUCGAUACUAUGGAGAUAAGAUACCGAAUUACGGAAGCUAUCGUCGAGGUUUCUCUAAUGAAGAAGCUCUUAUACUUCGUCGUUUAUCUGAGGGAGGUCUUGUACAUGCACGCCACUUGCUCGACAAAAUUCCUCAGAGAGGAAGUAUCAACCGUGUUGUUUACUGGACUUCGCUUCUUAGUAAGUACGCGAAAACUGGAUACUUGGAUGAAGCAAGGGUUUUGUUUGAAGUAAUGCCUGAGAGGAAUAUCGUUACUUGUAAUGCGAUGUUGACGGGUUAUGUUAAAUGUAGGAGAAUGAAUGAGGCUUGGACAUUGUUUAGGGAAAUGCCGAAGAAUGUUGUUUCUUGGACUGUGAUGCUUACUGCGCUAUGUGACGACGGAAGGAGUGAAGAUGCAGUUGAGUUGUUCGAUGAAAUGCCUGAGAGAAAUGUGGUUUCGUGGAACACUUUGGUAACGGGUUUGAUUAGGAAUGGUGAUAUGGAGAAGGCAAAACAGGUGUUUGAUGCUAUGCCUAGUAGAGAUGUUGUGUCGUGGAACGCUAUGAUUAAAGGGUAUAUUGAGAAUGAUGGGAUGGAGGAAGCGAAACUAUUGUUUGGGGAUAUGAGUGAGAAGAAUGUAGUUACUUGGACGAGUAUGGUAUAUGGUUAUUGUAGGUAUGGAGAUGUUCGUGAAGCUUAUAGAUUGUUCUGUGAAAUGCCGGAGAGAAAUAUCGUUUCUUGGACCGCUAUGAUUAGUGGGUUUGCUUGGAAUGAGUUGUAUAGAGAAGCGUUGAUGCUUUUUCUUGAAAUGAAGAAGGAUGUUGAUGCAGUAUCACCAAAUGGUGAGACUCUCAUUUCUCUUGCUUAUGCUUGUGGUGGUCUUGGUGUUGAAUUUCGUCGUCUUGGUGAGCAAUUGCACGCACAAGUUAUAUCUAACGGUUGGGAAACUGUGGAUCACGAUGGAAGGUUGGCGAAAAGUCUUGUUCAUAUGUAUGCAUCAUCUGGCUUGAUUGCUUCAGCUCAAUCUCUGCUUAAUGAAAGCUUUGAUUUGCAGUCUUGUAACAUUAUUAUCAACCGUUAUCUAAAGAACGGGGAUUUGGAGCGAGCUGAAACUCUGUUCGAGAGAGUCAAGAGCUUACAUGACAAAGUAUCUUGGACAUCGAUGAUCGAUGGAUAUCUAGAAGCGGGUGAUGUAUCCAGGGCCUUUGGUCUGUUUCAGAAACUUCACGACAAAGACGGGGUUACAUGGACGGUUAUGAUCUCAGGUCUUGUCCAAAACGAACUUUUUGCAGAAGCUGCAUCCUUACUGUCAGAUAUGGUGAGAUGUGGUCUGAAACCGUUGAACUCGACUUACUCUGUUCUUCUUAGUUCUGCGGGAGCCACAUCGAAUCUCGAUCAAGGGAAGCAUAUACACUGCGUGAUUGCAAAAACCACGGCUUGCUAUGAUCCUGAUCUCAUCCUUCAAAACUCUCUUGUCUCUAUGUACGCCAAAUGCGGAGCCAUAGAGGAUGCUUAUGAGAUAUUCGCAAAGAUGGUUCAGAAAGAUACAGUUUCAUGGAACUCUAUGAUCAUGGGGUUAUCGCAUCACGGCUUAGCGGAUAAAGCCUUAAAUCUGUUCAAAGAGAUGCUUGAUUCGGGGAAGAAACCGAACUCUGUAACGUUUCUCGGAGUCCUCUCUGCUUGUAGUCACUCUGGACUCAUCACCAGAGGUUUAGAACUAUUCAAAGCGAUGAAAGAAACCUAUUCGAUCCAGCCCGGAAUCGACCAUUACAUCUCGAUGAUAGACCUUUUAGGCAGAGCCGGAAAACUAAAAGAAGCAGAGGAAUUCAUCUCAGCUCUGCCUUUCACUCCAGACCAUACAGUCUACGGCGCAUUGUUAGGCUUAUGCGGACUCAACUGGAGAGAUAAAGAUGCAGAAGGCAUAGCGGAACGAGCUGCAAUGCGGUUGCUAGAGCUUGACCCAGUCAAUGCACCAGGACAUGUGGCGCUAUGCAACGUGUAUGCGGGACUAGGGAGGCAUGAUAUGGAGAAGGAAAUGAGAAAAGAGAUGGGAAUAAAAGGAGUGAAGAAGACACCAGGAUGUAGUUGGGUUGUGGUUAAUGGAAGAGCUAAUGUGUUUCUCUCUGGUGAUAAGUCUGCAAGUGAAGCUGCUCAGAUGGUUUUGCCAAUCUUUUGUGGUAAUGAAAUGCUUGAGGAGGAAGAAGAGAAACCGUUGAGUCUAUGCCAUUGCUGAGAGUUAAGCACAUAUGUUCGCUAUAGUUUGUGUAUGCUCACAACAACUUUGUUUACAAAAAAUAAGAA